CCGCGCUGGAGAUCUCCGUGCCGUCUCCACUCGACCACCCAAACGCGCUUUGUUUUAAUGGGACAACGCCGCAAAAUGGAAACGGUAUAUAGCAAUCACACCAUUCACACUCACUAUUAAUAUCAGGGAUAUACACCUGUAACCACCAGGUUAAUAAUUGACUAAACUCUGGGAUAAAGUCUGAUGGGAGUGGCCCCUACAAAAGUACCAGAUAAAUGUUGAAUUUGGUGUCCCCAACCAAACAACUCUUAGACAAUCCUCAUCUUCAUCAUUCAUCACACGUAACCAUGGAGACAGUUGUGAUUGUGGCCAUAGGUGUGCUGGCCACCAUCUUCCUGGCAUCAUUUGUGGCAUUAGUGGUUGUGUGCCGGCAUCGCUACUGCCACCCUCCUGACCUUCUUCACCACUUUGAUUCCAAACCCACAGUGGAUCUGAUUGGAGCAAUGGAGACUCAAAGUGAACCUUCAGAGCUGGAGCUGGAUGAUGUUGUCAUCACAAACCCUCAUAUUGAGGCCAUGCUGGAGAAUGAAGACUGGAUCGAGGAUGCCUCGGGCCUUGUGUCUCACUGCAUUGCAAUUCUUAAGAUAUGUCACACUCUCACUGAAAAGCUUGUCGCCAUGACAAUGGGGUCUGGUGCAAAGGUCAAGGCACCUGCCAGUCUGAAUGACAUCAUCACUGUGGCCAAACGUAUCAGCCCAAGGGUUGAUGAUGUGGUUCGGUCUAUGUAUCCUCCCCUGGACCCCAUUCUCCUAGAUGCCAGGGCCACUGCGUUGCUUUUGUCAGUCAGUCACUUGGUGCUGGUGACACGAAACGCUUGCCACAUGUCUGGCUGUCUGGAUUGGAUCGACCAGUCACUGAAUGCAGCCGAGGAUCACAUGGUCGUGCUGAGAGAAGCGGCCUUGGCAUCAGAACCAGAGAGAUGCCUGCCGGAGAGGGAGCAGUCGAUCUGACUUCUUUAAAGUACACAAGAGAUACUCAUGUGUUGAUAGUCAAGGAAAUUUUCAUCACCAACACAAUCUCAGGCAAAAUUCGUACAUAUUUUAACAGGUGGUUUAUUCAUAUCAGUUUGUACGAUCACACACUGUGAAAAUUAUACUUCGAGCUAAUUCAAUUUUAUUUUUUUAAACUACAGCAACACAUUACUGCAACUUCCUUACUAUAAAAUUUUAAAGGGGACAUUUCACAAGACCUUUAUAAUGUGUAAAAUAAAUCUUUGGUGUCCCCAUGUGAAGUAUGUGAAGUUUUAGCUCAAAAUAUCAUAUAGAUAAUUUAUUAUAGCAUGUUAAAAUUGUGAGCAAAUUGUGUGAGCAAAAAUGUGCAGUUUUUGGGUGUGUCCUUUAAAAUGCAAAUGAGCUGAUUUCUGCACUAAAUGGCAGUGCCAUGAUUGGAUAGUGCAUGCAAGGUGCCAUAUUAUCCCCUUCUGACAUCGCAAGGAAAGACUUUUCACAUGCUUGCCAAGAAUGGUUUACCAAAACUAAGUUAUUAGGUUAUCUUUUUCACAUUUUCUAGAUUGAUACUGGGGACCCAAUUAUAACACUAAAACAUGAAAAAAGUCAGAUUUUUAUUAUAUGUCCUCUUUAAGGCAACCAUUUAUAAAGCGCUGCUUAGAAAUCACCCUAAAUUCUAUCAUGUUAUCAUUUCUCAAAGCGCAUACUUGUGAAGAAACGUAUGCCUAAUUAAUGUCAUUGACAUAUAAAAGAUCACCUAACAAUGUUUAAAUCCUUUUAGAGCAGUAAAAAUGGCUUAUUUUCCAAAAACUUCAAUAGGACAAGCAAAAGUGCAUACUGACGUGGCUCUAAGCACUUUUACACUAAGACCAUUUUUAUAAAUAUGAAAGUUGCUGUGAAUUUUUGCAUACACUUAUUCUAUACGCAUGCUUUAUAAAUAAGGCCCCAGGAAUUCAUUUUUUACAGAUCAUUUGUACGUUUUUGUGCGAUUUGACUGAAUGGGUUUAGAGGCGGGGUUUCUUUGAUGCCUUUUCCUUAUGAUUGUACGUUUUUGUACGAUCUAUUUCAUACAAAUUUAUACAAAUAAGCCACCUCGUGAAAUGCGUACGCAUACCUGUGAUAUCAAGUUGGUAUUUUAAACACAAAUUAUUUUUGUGUUUUUUUCCUUUCAAUUGGUUCUUUAAGUUUAUCUCUGUUACAUUCCAGUCCAGUGGUUAAACUGUGGUCAUAAUAUCUAUUUUCCAAUGCUGAAUUGAAAUGCAGAUACCAAGCUGUCAUAGUGCCCGAGACAAUCAAAUUUUAUAAACCAGAUACCAAAAUGUUUGCUAAUUGUUAUUAUCAAGUUUAUUGGUUAGGGCAGUGGUUCUCAAACUGGGGGCCCUGGAUGGUGACAGGGGCCCCAGUUUUAUAAUAUUUUAUAAAAUACAUUCAUUUAUCAUGAAUUCUGUGUAAUUAAACCUCAGAAAAAUAAGGCUACUAACCGUCAGCACUACAUUGUAUAUUUUAAUAAGUAUUUGGUAAUUCAAAUUGUAUGUUUUACAAUGUUUUAUUUCAUUCAUUUUCUUUGGGGGGACCACGAAGGGCACAAGUGGGGGUCACCAUACACAAGGAGGGGCGGCACACUGAAAAAGUUUUAAAACCACUGGGUUAAGGAUUAGGUGCUGUGUUUUUGAAUGAGCUUCUCGUGUGCUGCAGUCAUUCGGUUAUGUAAGGAAUAGGAUAGGAGCAUGUAUAAUACACAGAUACAAUAUUCUUAUUUUUCAUCUUCUUAAAUGGAAUAAAAUGUUAAAUUAUGUUUGUAAAAUUCAUACCAUACAUACAUACAUCUCGAUACAGCACUUAUUUUGCUCAUGGUGAAUGUAGCUAGCAGAUUCUGUUAUAAAGCAAGUAAAACAGACACUCACAUACUUUUCUUUGUCAGCCAUCCACACGUGGUCUGUUAUGUUUUACUGGAGUCACAUGAUGUCUAAUUCCACACACACACACACACACGCACGCGCGCACGCACGCACACACACACACACACACACACAUUAUCAAUCGUCUAUCAAUCAUUUAUGUACUAUUCACUUGCAUAAGAACAUAUUAGAAAAUGCCAUGUUUGUUUGAAUCUCUGUCAGUAUUUCCUCUUUCGAUUUUAUUUUCUAUAGUCUCGGUUUGCGAGCGUUCUUGUUACUGAUGUACCAAUGUUUUCUU